AUGAAAAUAACUUUGAUCUUUCUAUCGAUAACCAUUUUCUGCGUUCAAGUUUGGGCAGAACCACCUGCGGCUAUAGAUCAAACCAAAUUCAUUGAAGAUAGCAAAUGUCUUGCAAAGGAAAAUCUAUCAUUCGCCGAUGUGCUUGAUUUCUCAAUAAACGACAAAAUGGAAUUGGCUGAAAAAAAUCCAAAAUUAAAAUGUUUUGCAUCCUGUUUGAUGGAAUUUGGAAAAAUAUUGGAUGGUUGCACUGUGGUUUAUACUAAAAAUUUGAAUAUGGAAGCAUUUGGCGAUAAAAAGGAGGAGUUUGUGAAGAUAAUGGAAAGUUGUAAGGAUGUGGUCAAAGGAACUGAUCGCUGUGAAUGUGGAUAUCAGUUGAUUAAGUGUAUGACGGAAAAGGAUAAGAAACCUUAA